CAAGCCAAUAAAUCAAAUCGUAUCCUAGCAUAACCAAACCGCGUUAUCAUUAUCACUUAAAAGAAAUGCGCGGGCGCAGGUAACGUCUCAGUUGAGAAGCGACCGCGAGCCGAAACGCACGUGUUUUAACAACCAGUGUUCAGUGCAUUGCAAUGAACGCAUUAAUACAACUAACGGCCUUCGCGGUCGCGUUGGCUCUGUCUUCCAGCAGCAUAGUGAAGUCCCCUGGGAACAAUGGGGAGAACUUUGAGCUGCUGAUUCUGCACAACAAUGACAUGCACGCGCGGUUCGAGCAGACCUCGCAGCUCAGCGGGACCUGCACUGCGGAGGACAGGGAGGCCGGGAAGUGUUACGGAGGGUUCCCAAGGGUUGCCUAUGUUGUAAAAGAGGCCCGAAGGAAAGCGGCUUCUGGCGAGGGUCCACCAGUACUCUACCUGAAUGCUGGAGACACCUACACGGGCACCGCCUGGUUCACCAUCUACAAGUGGAAGGUGGCUGCGGAGUUCAUCAACGCUUUGCAACCAGACGCUGUGUCGCUCGGAAACAAUGACUUCGAGUCUGGCUCCACGAAGUUUUCGCCAUUCAUCAACAGCCUCAACACUCAAAUCGUGUCCAGUAAUGUUUUGUUCAAAAAUAUGGAAGGCAAAAACCUGGAAACAUCCGUAGUUAUCGACAUUGAUGGAAGAAAAGUUGGAGUUAUUGGAUACCUAAAGCCUGAAAAUAAAUUGUUGGAUAGUGCUGGCGAUGUAGAAUAUAUUGAGGAAGUUCUUGCUCUAAAAGAAGAAGUUGAAAAACUACAAACAUUAGGAAUUGACAUAAUUAUAGCACUGGGGCAUUCUGAUUUUGAAAAAGACUUAGAAAUCGCAAGAGAAGUUGAUGGUGUAGAUAUAGUGAUUGGCGGUCAUAAAAACAUGUACUAUUGGAAUGGUACUGCUGCAGAAAAUCAAAUACUGGAAAUGACAAUUAUCAAACAAAAUUCUGGGAAACAAGUUUUGGUCACCCAAUCUUACGCGUAUAAUAAAUAUUUAGGAAGACUUAGUGUUAUUUUUGAUAAAAAUGGAGACAUUACUAAAUAUAGCGCGGAACCUGUUAUCUUAGAUAACACCAUUCCACAAGAUCUUGAGUCAAUGAGUAUCCACAAAAUUAACACCAAAUCCCUAGCUCUGACUGCUCAAGAAGUACUUGGACAAACUUCUGUAGUUCUUGAUGGCCAGUCUUGCCGUACUAAUGAAUGUAACCUUGGCAAUCUUAUCACCGACUCUAUGAUGUAUUACUACGCGACCAGAUUUGAAGGAGACACAUGGACUGAUGCUCCUAUAGCUGUUAUUCAUGGAGCUGCUAUUGCUGCUUCGAUUUCACCGGAUAUAAGACCAGCAUCCGUAACUAGGGGAGACUUAUUAUCAUCAUUGCCUGUUGCAAGCAACUUGGUCGUCUUAUCGAUGAAUGGGACUAUUUUAACUGAAUUUUUAGAACAUUCAGUAGCUGAUUAUAAUCCUUCAAAUCCUUCUGGCCAAUUCUUGCAAUUUUCGGGUGUUAGGGUUAUAUACGACUUCGACAACGAACCAGGUACAAGAAUCGUAUCUGUAGUAGUUCGAUGCUGGUCAUGCUUAGUACCUCAAUUCUUUGCUAUCGACGAUUGGAGAGAAUACAAAAUAAUAAUGCCUUUGUCAUUAUUGGACGCACAAUAUGGUUUUACUAUGCUUACUAAUUUACCGCAAGAAGAACUUGCUUAUGAUGAGGUGACAUGUCUAGCAGAAUACUUAAACCUAAGAAGUCCUGUAUAUCCAGAAGUAGCAGGACGUACUAUUUUACUGAACUCUCUGGGUAACCACGAAUUGGAUAAUGGGGUUUCUGGAUUGACGCCAUUUAUUGAAAAUGUGACCUGUCCUGUCCUGGCAGCCAAUCUCAAUCUCACUAUGGAACCAACCCUUGAAUCAGAAACAAACCUUAUGAACUCUGUAGUAUUUAACAUAUCUAAUACCAAAAUAGGUGUUAUUGGAUAUUUAACACCAGAAACGCAAGUUUUAGCAGUGAGAAACGAUAUAAUAUACGAAGAAGAAGUAUCUGCCAUCAAAAAAGAAGUAGACAGAUUAAAGAAAGAAGGAGUAAAAAUAUUUAUCGCUUUAGGUCAUUCGGGAUUUACAAAAGAUCUCGAGAUCGCCAAAAAAGUUGAGGAUAUCGAUCUCGUCAUAGGCGGACACACGAAUACCUUUCUAUGGAAUGGCUUAACUAAUGAAACGGAAACACCUGAAGGCCCAUAUCCCACGAUAGUAAAGCAAAAGUCAGGAAAAUCUGUUCCUGCAGUUCAAGCUUACGCGUAUACAAAAUACUUAGGAAAACUUCACUUGGUGUUUAACACUAAUGGCGAUCUUAUCAGCUUUGAUGGAAAUCCAAUUUUGUUAGAUAAAUCUGUACCUCAGGAUCCUGACGUUUUAUCUAUCGUUAACAAGUAUCGCGGCGAAGUACUUAAAGAAACUGAAAUAAUUGUUGGCCAAACUUCUGUUAUUCUAGAUGGACAUUCUUGUCGCGUCAAGGAAUGUAAUAUGGGUAACUUUAUAGCUGAUGCUAUGGUUAAUAAAUAUGCUUCAGAGUAUAAAGGAGUAGGUUGGACCGAUGCUCCAAUAGCUAUAAUUCAGGGAGGCGGCAUAAGAUCUUCUAUAGCCAAGCUUAGUUUACCUGCGAAUGUAACGAAAGGCGAUGUACUAAUAGUUUUGCCAUUUGGUGGUAAUUUAGCAAAAGUAUCAGUUAACGGAACUAACGUUUUAAAGAUGCUUGAACACGCCGUUGCCUUUUAUAGACCAAAACGUGCUCCCGGUCAAUUUCUCCAAGUUUCUGGAAUUCAAGUUCAAUAUGAUUUUAAAAAGAAACGCGGAAAAAGAGUUACCCGAGUUUUACUUCGUUGUGGAACUUGCGAUAUUCCUACGUAUUCUGCUCUGAACGUUUCACAGUAUUACAAUAUUUUAAUGCCAUCAUUUCUUUCAACAGGAGGUGACGGAUUUUCAUCCCUUGGAAAUCACGAGUUUGACAACGACGUGGAUGGUCUUACUCCAUUCAUAGAAAAUUUAAACACUCCAGUGUUAGCAGCUAACUUAAUUCUUUCUAAAGUUCCGGAAUUAGCCAAGGAGACAAAUCUCAAGAAAUCAGUAGUCAUCAACACUUCAGGUCAUAAAGUUGGCAUUGUGGGAUACCUGACACCAGAUACUAAAAUAUUAGCAAAGAAAAAUGAUGUAGAAUACAUUGAUGAAAUCGUUGCCCUUAAAGAAGAAGUUCCAAAACUGAAAGAUCAAGGGUGUAAAAUUAUAAUAGCAUUAGGGCAUUCUGGUUUUAGCAAAGAUUUAGAAAUUGGAAAAGAAGUUGACGGAAUCGACUUAGUUAUCGGAGGACAUUCUAAUACUUUCCUUUGGAAUGGAACUUCUCCUGAUUCAGAAGAAAUUCAAGGACCGUACCCCACUUACGUAGUGCAACAUUCAGGAAAAUUAGUACCAGUAGUACAAGCAUAUGCUUAUACAAAGUAUUUAGGGAAAUUGCAUUUAAUAUUCGAUACUAAUGGAAAUUUGGUUUCUGCUGAUGGAUACCCCAUUCUUCUAAAUAGUUCGAUUCCACAGGAUACAGAAACUUUAAAGAUAGUCGAUAAAUACAGAUUGCAAGUAAGUAACACAACACAAGCUGUGGUGGGUACUAGUUUAGUUCCACUAGAUGGCUUAAAUUGUCAGAAAAUUGAAUGUAAUUUAGGAAACUUAAUAGCAGACGCCAUGAUUUAUACCUAUGUAAAAAAUUACACUGGUAAACAUUGGACAGAUGCACCUAUAGCUAUUAUUCAGGGAGGAGGUAUAAGAGCAUCCAUAACACAUACAAGAAAGCCUGCUGUAUUAACAAGAGGAGAUCUUCUAACAGUAUUACCUUUCAAAGGUAGUAUAUCGAGAGUAACAAUGAACGGUAGCGUUUUAUUACAAGUUAUUGAAUAUUCAUCUCUCGGCAACCAUGAGUUCGACGAGGAGGUUGAAGGCGUUAUACCAUUUAUCAGAAACUUGACAUCACCAGUUUUGGCUGCUAACCUUAUACUGGACAACGUGCCAGAACUACAGAAUGAGAAAAAUCUGCAUCCUUCGGUAGUCAUUCCAGUCAACGAUAUCAAAAUAGGCAUCAUAGGAUACCUGACGCCAGAAACAAAGUAUUUGGCACCAAAAAAUAAAAUAGAAUACGAAGACGAAGUAGUCGCUAUCAGAAGAGAAGUAAAUAAACUGAAGAAGGAUGGUGUAAACAUUCUUAUAGCUCUAGGACAUUCAGGGUAUAUAAAAGACUUAGAAAUAGCUAAAGAAGUUGAUGGCAUUGACUUAGUUAUAGGAGGACAUUCGAACACAUUUCUGUGGAAUGGUAAUAAAACAGAAGAGAAACCCGAAAUACCACAAGGACCCUAUCCAAAAACAGUGAAACAAUCAAACGGCAAAACCGUAUUAGUAGUGCAAGCAUAUGCGUAUACUAAAUACAUGGGUAGAUUGCAUUUAAAUUUCAAUAAAGAUGGCGACAUAAUUGAUUUUAACGGCGCGCCAGUACUUUUGAACCAGGAUAUACCAAAAGACCCGGAACUCCAAGCAACUAUAAAUAAAUAUCGAAAAGAUAUAGACAAAAUCAACGGUGAGGUAGUUGGAGUAUCAUCAGUAUUUCUAGACGGAGAAUGCCGUUUGAAAGAAUGUAAUAUUGGCGAUUUGAUCGUAGAUGCAGUCGUUAAUUAUACACGUCAAAAAUAUGCUUAUUCACACCAUGAGGAUUUAAGUAUAGCCAUCGUCCAGGGUGGUCGAAUUAGAACAUCGCUAGAUAGGUUUCCGAAACCUUUUGAGAUGACAAGAGGCGACUGGAUUACAGUUUUACCAUUUUCGGAUUUGUUGACUAUUGUGACAAUGAACGGUAAGAUAUUGAAGCAGGCCCUGGAACAUUCAGUAUCGACAUGGCGGGAAAUUGAUAGCACUGGCCAAUUUUUACAAAUUUCUGGUAUAAAAGUAGCCUAUAACUUGGAGAAGCCGCCUGGUUCUCGAAUAAUAGACGCCUCAGCAGUAUGUAAUGGCUGUGGAAAACCAGGAUUAAGCUACAUAAAAGACUCUUAUGAAUAUAAAGUGGCUAUGCCAGAAUUUUUAGCGAAGGGAGGUGACGGUUUUACGAUGUUCGAAACUCUUGACAAGGAAACCCUUCCAUAUAAUGAAGUCGAAUGUGUAUUUAACUACUUAAAACAAUUAGGUCCUGUAAAUAUUCAAACUAGUAACCGAAUUAAAAUUAAGAAUGUAGAACUACUCAAAGAAUUCGGCGACGAUACUGCCCCAUCUAGGGCAUUUAGUUUGUUACACCACAAUAUUUCCAGUAUUUUAAGUAUAUUAAUAGUAUUAUUUUCUUAUGUAAAUGUUUUGUCUACGUGAUGCACCUAUACGGGU